AUGGAGUGGGUGGCGACAGGUACGAAUGUGCGGGUUCUGGCGCCACUUCAGGCGUCCGCCAGGGGCGGUAUGCGUGUCUGCUACGACGUGGAGGAGGUGGAGGAGGACGGCGGCAGGACACAGUGCGUUGCGAAGCUGUUUCUGCGGAACAUCUCCGACGUGGUCGAAAAGGACUAUUUCAGCGAGGGGGAGGCGCAGUGCAUGUGCGAGCAGUUUGCCACGAGCUUCAACAAAGCCACAUUUACCGGCAUCGAGCGGCCCCAUGUUUCCUUCCUGCAGUGCCAGGUGCUGCGCACUCCGAAGCAGAACAUUCCGGCGGAGCAUCGGGAUGGGCAGCAUGGUUUUUUUUUCUUACAGAACCACUGA